AUGAAUGGUGAAAACCGCCGUCGAUCUCUAGCUAUUGCGGGAAAAAGUUAUUUACAUUUUACUCCUGCAGCGAAAGAGCGAAUUUUUCGUCUUUACAGGCCGAAAGACCUAACGUCAAAUAUUUCAAGUAUUUCAAUGAUAAUGAUGGUGAAAACAUUGGCCAUAGUAGCGAUUCUGUUAUUAUCAAUAACAACAAUUUUUAGUGCACCGCUUGUUUCAAUACAAAAAUUACGAAAUUUAAAAUCUGAUCCAACAGAAUCACAAAGAUUAAGUGACUUAGGCACUGGUCCAGACGUAUAUAAAUUUGACUUUACAUCAACGAACGGUGUUGUUGCUGGACCUGGCGGAAAAGCAAUUCAAGCAUCGAUCGAUGAUUUUCCGGCUUUAACUGCACAAGGCACUGCACUGAUCGUUGGCUUUCUAAAACCAUGUGGAUUUAUCUUACCACAUGUACAUCCGCGUGCUACAUCGAUGUUUGUUGUUACUCAAGGCGAUAAUGUUCGAACUGGUUUUUAUAAUGAACACACAGGAAAAUUUGUAGUAACACCAUUAAAACAAUAUCAGGGAACUGUAUUUCCACAGGGUGCAUUACAUUUUGAACAAAAUUUAAGUUGUAAACAAGCUGUAUUUGUUGCGGGUUUUAAUAGUGUUGAUCCCGGCCUAAAUUCUGGAUCAUCAACAUUCUUUCAAUUACCAAUUGAUCUUAUUGCUGCCAGUUUAAAUAUAACAACAGCUCAAGCAACAUCAUUAAGAGAUCAUCUACCUGCUGCACCAUUACAAACUGUAGCUAGUUGUCGAGCACGUUGCGGAUUAUCAGAUUAA